AUGGAAAUACUUUUUAAUGUUGUAGGUGGCUUUGUUGUUGAGGUGGGAAAGUUUGUAUCAAAAUGCAUCUAUCCUAAGAUUGAAAAUAUUGCCUGUUUCUCGUCAAAAAUUGAAAAUCUAAAGAAGGAAAUGGAGAAGCUAACAAAGUUUAGAGAUGAUAUCAAUGCAAAGAUGGAAGAAGAUAAGAAAAAAGGCAAUAAACCAAAACCAGAUGUUAUUGUGUGGAUGGAAGAUGUUCACGAGCUAGAGAAUGAAUUGGAAACUAUGCAAGACAGAAUUGCAGCGGCUAAGGUGCUCACAUAUAAGUGUUGUCCAAAAUGCAGCCUUUGCUCUGAAGUCUCCACUCAAGCACAGAACAUACGAGAUCAACUUUGCAGGCUUAAAGAAGUUGGAGAAAGCUUUGGAUCCAGUUUGGCGGUAGAAAAUUACCAGGUGAAAAAUGUUGAGUUCAUCCCGGGACCAUCAAUAGAAGGCCAGUCAGCAGCAACAAGGAAUCUUAACAAAAUCUUGCAACUGUUAGAAGAUGAUAAGAUAUGCAUCAUUGGUGUGUUGGGUACGGGAGGAGUUGGGAAAACAACAUUGGUGAAGAAUCUUAAUAAUGAGCUCCUAAAAACCUAUGUGUCAAGUUCUAAACUGUCUUUUGGUGUUGUGGUAUGGGUUACAGUGCCCAAACCACCAACAAACAUAAAAAAAGUUCAAGCACAAAUUGUCAGCAGAUUAAACCUAAAAGUAGAUGACGAGGAAAGUGUAGAAAGCAUUGGCAGCAAAAUCUAUCAAAGGCUCAAGCUAGAAGAGAGUUUCCUUCUCAUAUUAGAUGAUGUUUGGGAAGCAAUAAAUUUGGAUGAUAUAGGUGUGCCCCAACCUGAGGACCCCGCAAGAAGCAAGGUGAUUAUAACUUCUCGUUUUUCGAGUGUUUGUAACCAAAUGAAAACAAACACUGAAAUGAAAGUUUACACAUUGGAUGUGGAUGAAUCUUGGCAACUCUUUGUCAAAAGUGCGGGAGAUAUUGCCAAUCUGGAGCAAAUUCAACCAUUCGCAAAGGAAAUCACAAGAGAGUGUGAUGGCUUACCUUUGGCAAUCACUGUUAUUGGAUCAUCAAUGAGAGGGAAGACAAGGUUCGAGCUCUGGAAAGAUGCUUUGAAAUCACUUAGAAUGUCCGAACCACAUAACAAAGAAGUUAAAGAUAAGGUUUACAAGGUCAUCAAGUGGAGUUUUGAUUCUUUGGAAUCUCCGGAUAUUGAAUUAUCCUCGGAGCAAAGAAGCAAUAUGAACAAAAGGAGAGGUGACAUUCAAAGUUGUUUCUUGUAUUGCUCCUUAUAUCCGGCGGCUAUUUCUACUGAUGAUCUCAUAAAUUGCUUGUGGACAGAGGAGUUCCUUGGUGAACAUGACACAUAUGAAGAAGCAUACAACAGGGGAAUCACAAUUAUUGAGAGUUUAAAAGAUGCCUGCUUGCUAGAAGCCCAUGAGAUAAAUUUUGUGAAGAUGCAUGACGUGGUCCGUGACGUUGCUAUAUGGGUAGCUAAUUCCUUUGGGUAUGAACACAAUUCUGUUAUUCAAGCUGGAAUCGGGUUGACUGAGAUAUCACAUACUAAAGUAUCAGCUUCUGUCAAGAGAAUAUCUUUGGUAAGCAACAAAAUUCAAUGUCUACCUGAUAACUUCACAGAAUGCCCAGAGGCAACAACUUUACUAUUGCAAGAUAAUGAUCGCCUUAGCAAAAUUCCCCAUGAAUUCUUUUUGUCAUUUCCAGCUCUAAGAGUUGUGAAUCUGCGUAAAACUGGUAUUAGAGCACUGCCUUGUUCCAUCAAUAGUUUAUGUCAACUACGUGCUCUAAUACUACAAAAUUGCAAUGAGUUGAAAGAGUUACCACCUAUUGGUAAUCUUUCCAAUUUGCAAUUGCUUGAUUGUGAUAAUGCAGGAUUACUUUGUCUGCCUCAAGGAAUGGACAAGUUGACAAAUCUGAGGCUAUUAAAUAUGCCUGCAGCUGAUUUAGAGAGCAUCAGCCAAGGAUAUUUUGUCAAAUUGUCUAGCAUUGAAAUGUUAAAUAUGAUGAAAUCGUCCACGUGGUUCGUUGCAAAUAAUAGGUGGACUCUUCUUGGAUCAACUUCCUUUGAUGAGAUAUCAUCUCUACACAAUCUAACUUAUCUUUUUAUUAGACUGGAUAGAUCAGCAAUUUUGAAUAGAGACCACACCUGGAUGAAAAGAUUGAAAAGAUUUCACAUUGAAGUUGGGAAAACUCGAAUGGAAGUACUAUUCAACGGGUCAACAAGGAUAAUAGGCGUCUCCAAUUGUGAAAUUUUCAGCAACGGAGAGCUCUCAGGCAUGUUGCAGUUUGCGAGAGAUUUGCACUUAGUACAUUGCAUGGGUCUCAGGAAGUUGAUUAUAAACAAGAAGAGUUUUGAUGGAUUAAAAUCACUCUACAUUUACAAAUGUUUUUGUGAUUUCAGACAAGUCGAAGAAGGAAGUGGACAGAUUGACCCUUUGCCAAAUCUGGAACAUCUCACCCUCGAUUCCGUAGAAAAUUUGAAGUGUGUUUCUGAUUUCAGUCAACUUCUGAGUCUAAGAUUUUCUAAACUACGCCAAUUGAAUAUAUCCUAUUGUCGAAGUUUAACAUGUCUUUUUAACACUGGUGGAGCUCUUUCUGCACCCAAGCACUUGGAAAUAAUUUCAAUUACCGAUUGUUCUCAGCUGGUAGAGUUGUUAGUGCUAUGCAGCUCCCUUGCCAACUCAGAAAUUCCAAGAGUUCGGAAGUUAUAUUUGAAUAACUUGCGAAAAUUAGGAACGUUGGGGCAGCCACAGAGUAUGUGGGAACACCUGGAGGAACUUAGAGUGACAUCUUGCUUACAAAUAAGGAAGUUGCCUCUCUCUAUUCAAACCUCCGACAACAUCAAAGUAAUAAACGGAGAAUCAGAAUGGUGGAGCCAACUGGAUUGGGAUGACGACAACUUCCAGUCAAAUUUAGAACAUUGUUUCCUACCAGGUUUCAUCUGGUAG